CGCGAAUUUACGCUGAAAACUAAAAAUUAAUAUUCAAGAGCGUUCACUCUGAGGAUGCAGCCAUUUUCGGUUAAAGUUUUCUUCUUUUUAAGUUGUUGUUGUCACAGUUAUCGGUGCACAUUGCAUUUGUUUUAUUAGCAAGCUUGCAUGUUACUACAAUAUUUUAUUAUAAUUUGCACAUGCGUAAAUCCCACCCUUUUAUUAUCGGCCGCGUUGACAUCAGCAACAUUGCAGAGAACAUUAUGCAUAGCACCUUAGCACAGUUUAGUGCAUUCGAUUAUGACGUGCUUAAAAUUUCAAUUAUUACAAUUUAGCUCUUCGAAGCUUAAUAAAUUUUAUAUUUUGCAUUGCAGUUUUUAUGCAUAUUCAUAAUAUUAAGUGCAUUUUUGGGUAUAAAAAUGUGUUUUGUUGGAUUGCACGAAAACAGUUGUCGGUAAUAUUCGUUGUGUUGCGGUGCGAAAAACAGUCGAAAAAUGUUGUGCUUUGAGACCGGUGUUAUUUGUUUACUAUUUGUUACCUGUGCUCUUGCUGAAGCGCCAUAUCCCGCUACAGGUUGGCGUCCGCUGCGCGCUUUUAACUUGCCAACUGACUACUUGCCUCCAACACGUGAUAUUGAAAAACAAAGACAACCACAACAACCCAUAUUUGAUGUAGAACUCAAUAAAGCGCGUAUUGAAUAUGUAGGACAAAUACAAGAAAAUAUUUUAAGUUCGCCUAAUAGGCGACCGGCUAAUGCAUACUUGCCACCAAGAAGGCAGAGCACUGAUUUUGACUUGAAAGUACAGCGCCCACCCUACCAGAAGCCAGGACCACAGUUCGUUUUGCAUGCCGCUGACUACCGGCCAUAUCGGCAACAGAAGACUAAUAUCUUUCAAAUAUCUAACACCAAACAACAACAACAACAACCAGGUGCACAACGUGCUUUUCGUACACAAGAACCUACAAACUUCGCUUUCGGCGUGCAACAACAAUCUGCAUUAUCUCGGCCAGCACAAACUUAUGGGCCACCAAGCAACGGAGGCGAGCAAAAAUUUACCAUUAACUAUCCGGAUCCACAAGAUUUAGAGCCACGACAAGCGGAUACUGAAUUGGAGGAAGCAGCACGUAUUGCCAUCGAAGCACUUAAUGCAGCCAAAGACGCGUACAAUCGUCAACUCGAAGCAGAUGCAGUAAGUAGUGCUGAUGGUGCAUCAGAGGCUGAUGUGCAGGAGGUUAACGUUGACGGUACAAAGAAAACAAGUGGUGGCUACCCCGCCUCACGUGCGACUCGAGGUCAAUAUUAUGUUUUAGGACCGGAUAAUCGCUUGCAAUUCGUGCGUUUCACAACUACACAAAGUGAGGAGGAAGCACGCAGGAAUGGUGGUUUCACUGCACAAUUGCAGUAUAUGCCUGUAGGUGAAAUUAACGAUCCGAUUUUUAAAUCCAACAGCAAUGGGCAAUUAGUGAGAAUUGUUAAGAAAUAAAGCAAGGUUUACGUUAAAUGCGGCAUAUAAUAAUUUGGUUGUAUAAUCGUGUUAUGAGUAAAAGUGUAAAUGAAUAAAUAUACAUAAUAUGUA